AUAGCUGUCAUCUGUCGCAAUAAGGCAAUACGGCUCGGCGCAACUAAUUUUCCUAGUUUUAGUAAUAAAAUUGCAAAUUUUUACAAAUUUCCGGAACGAAUACGAAAUGUUUUGUGCCUACACAAAUUCAUUGGGUAACUUCAGUCGCAAGCCUCAUUAUUACACGGUAAAUAAAAAUAAAGUAUAUUAUGGCCAUGGCCAUCAAAUGGUGACAGGAAGAAAUUCCUCAAGUCGAUGGCAUCAUCUGACAAAUAUUGGAAAACGUCGCGAUGUUGUCAGCACGACGUCAACAACAGCUAAAAAUAUAUUGAGGAUACCACCAAACUUGCAUCACAUGGUCAGUCAAUACAAUGCCACGAUACAAAAUUUCUUUGAGACGACAAGGCUAAAUCAAUUGUUACAAAAAGCAGCCAAAACAUUGCUGACCUCACAGCAAGUCGAUGUGGAAGGAGUGGGCCUGAGACAUUAUGUGGCUGGUAAAGGAAAGAGUGCCCGCCACUUGAUUGAGUUCUCAUUGAACAAUGCAUGGGCUCAAAGUCUGCCGACCAAAACCUAUUCCAAACUCUUGCAAUCCAUAUUACCUCAACACCAGUUAAAGUUUGUACGUAAUUUUAAAACUGAUCGUUCCAUAGCGGCUGAACUAAGACGCAAUCCAUCAAUGACAUCACGUCUUCGCACUGCCUUCAGUGGAAAUCCUCAAAAACUGGAUGGUGAACUAGCUAGCAGUUCGGAGACGCUAAAGAGAUUAUUGGAAAAGUCUACCGAGGGAGGUCCUGAAAAGAGUCAGGAAAAUAACAUUAAAAUUGCUUUUGCUGAAGGUUAUCUAGCAGCCGCCAACUCCGAAGAUCAUCCCAAGUCUGGAAAAACCAUGAAGUAUUUAAAGGUCUUUCAGCAAUUGUUAGUAAUUGUCGUAUUCAUUGGAAUAUUUGUAAGUCUAUUCUCUUCCUCGAAUGGUUCUAUGUUUCGUAGCAUACAGUUGGGUAAUCAAGUUGAGGUAGACCCCGAAGAGAUUCACGUCACAUUUGAUGAUGUCAAGGGGUGCGACGAAGCUAAGCAAGAACUGAAGGAAGUGGUGGAAUUUCUUAAAAAUCCUGAAAAGUUUUCCAAUUUGGGUGGUAAACUACCCAAAGGUGUUCUAUUGGUGGGACCCCCAGGCACAGGAAAAACCUUAUUGGCUCGCGCUGUAGCUGGUGAGGCAAAUGUACCGUUCUUCCAUGCGGCUGGUCCAGAGUUUGAUGAAGUUUUGGUGGGUCAAGGUGCCAGACGUGUGCGUGAUUUGUUUAAGGCCGCCAAACAACGUGCUCCCUGUGUCAUCUUCAUCGAUGAAAUUGAUUCGGUGGGAGCCAAGCGUACCAAUUCCGUUUUACAUCCUUAUGCAAAUCAAACCAUUAAUCAAUUGCUUUCCGAAAUGGAUGGUUUCCAUCAAAAUGCAGGCGUUAUUGUACUGGGAGCCACCAAUCGACGCGAUGACCUAGAUCAAGCUUUGCUGAGACCUGGUCGUUUUGAUGUGGAGGUUGUCGUUAAUACCCCCGACUUCACUGGACGUAAGGAGAUUAUCACUUUAUAUCUUGCUAAGAUUUUGCACGAUGAAAUCGAUUUAGAUAUGUUGGCUAGAGGUACAUCAGGUUUUACUGGUGCAGAUCUAGAGAACAUGAUAAAUCAAGCUGCCCUAAGAGCGGCCAUUGAUGGUGCUGAAACAGUAACGAUGAAACACUUGGAAACAGCACGAGACAAAGUUCUAAUGGGACCCGAGCGCAAAGCACGUCUGCCCGAUGAAGAAGCCAAUCUUAUAACAGCCUAUCAUGAGGGUGGCCAUGCCAUAGUUGCUUAUUACACCAAGGAAUCUCAUCCUCUACACAAAGUUACCAUUAUGCCCAGAGGGCCAUCGCUGGGUCACACUGCAUACAUACCCGAAAAGGAACGUUAUCAUGUCACCAAAGCUCAACUCUUGGCCAUGAUGGAUACCAUGAUGGGAGGCCGUGCAGCAGAGGAGCUAAUUUUCGGUACUGAUAAAAUAACUUCGGGGGCCAGUAGUGAUUUGAAACAAGCCACUUCCAUUGCCACACACAUGGUUAAAGACUGGGGCAUGUCCGAAAAGGUGGGCCUGCGCACCAUUGAAACCUCCAAGGGCAUGUUUCCCAAUGAGUCAUUGGGGCCCAACACAGUUGAAUCGGUCGAUGCCGAAAUCAAGCGUAUACUCAACGAAAGCUAUGAGCGAGCUAAAGCCAUAUUGCGGAAACAUGCCAAAGAACAUAUAGCAUUGGCAGAGGCCUUACUAAAAUAUGAGACUUUAGAUGCCGAGGACAUUAAGGCGAUUAUGAAAGACUCGCAAUAGUUGAAUUUUACUUAAAGUGAAUGUGUACAAGACAGUUGGAAAAAGAGUUUUAGUUUUAUUUUUUAUAUAUAACUACAAGAAAAGCUAUACAAAAAAAAAACCCACACUAAAUUUAAAUUACUUAAAAAUUAUUCAAGCAUAACAAAGGACAAUUAGCAUAAAUACCAAGCAAGUAAGCAACAAAGGAAGGUGAAAACAAAAGAACAAGGAACAUAGCAAACUUGGAAUUCCCCCAAAAGGCGAGAUAAGAUAACCAGGAUAUGGAACUACUAUAAAUAAACGUAUUAUUAUUUAGAAUAAUAUUUAUCAGUGCGAAAGCUAAA